AUGCCCAACACUGACAUUGACAAGUACCUUUGGCUAGCCUACUGCAAGGCUGUCCAAAACGCUGUCGGCGGACUGCCCGGACAUAAGCCCGCGCUGUUUUUCACCAAAAACGCGCAAAAGGCACCAGUUGCGUCGCCAGAUAUUGAUCCAGCCUACACGAAUUAUGGUAUCAACAGUAUCAUCAACAAUCUUCUGCAGACAAACGACUUGUUCUAUGAUCCUUCUCAUCACAAGACCUAUGUCCAGUGUUUACUUGAAUACCUUGUCUCCGUUAAGAUUGGCGAUGGUGACCAAGUUCGUGUAACAAUGAUAGGCCGUAACCUGGUUACUACUCUCGACCAGGCUCUGCGCGAGAGAGACCGUGCAUUGGACAAGUUCGAGAAAGAAGAGGGCUACGGAUUGACCGGCGAACAAGACUUUUCGCAAUGGUGGCCUACACAUGCUCCCGCAUACUCAGCAGCCAAACAAAAAGUCGAGGCUGUGGCUGCAGACUACCAGGCAUCGCUUCUUAGUGUUGGAGGACCAGCUGCCAGUCAGCUCGCUAGGGACUUCAACAGGAUCGUCAAAGCCCUGAUCGGAGGACAAUCAGUUGAAGGUAUAACCAUGCCAGCUUGCCAUGCCUCUGCAGACAUCACACGGGAACUGCUCGAAAGAGACAGAAUCCCACAUGCCAUCACAUAUGUCCCAGAGUUCCUUUCUCCACACUACACAUACCAGAUCGAGCAUUGGAUGAACGGCGUUGGCGACGGCGAUUCAUCCACCCAGAUCAAUGUCGCUGAUGGUAGAGAGGUUAACGAGUCUGACUUUGGCCACGCCGCCACAGACGGAUUCUCAUAUGGUCCAUGGCUGUCUUUUACAGCCGGCAAAGGAAGCACGAAUGAGAAAGCGGUGGCUUUCGGUACAGUCGACACUGAUACUUACCUUGAUGUUCAAUUCUCCUACGAUGAGAUUCAGACCAUUUCUGUACCAGCUGGUGACUGGAAUGUGCCCAGCCCUGGAAGACGGUACCAGCUAUCAAGUAGCGCCUCCGAGGAGUCUCGCAAACUCGCCUUCCCCGACUAUCUAGUUGUUGUGAGAAACCUUGGCUUCAAAAUUUCCAUUCGCGACGGUAAGCUCGCCAACCAAGUCGACGACAUGUUUGAUGAGGCCAAGUCCGCAGGCGGCUCAGUGAGAGUGUUUGGAAUUCCUGCCACACCGGAUGGUGAUGCUGACAAGGCCACGGAGGAGAAUGCACAUAUUGCUGAGUGGGACCGAGGCAGUGGACUCUUGUCGAUUCGGCCAACUCUUGAUGCUGGCUUUGCUUCUGUCGUUGCGCUUGUUGGCGAGUUGAACCUUUGUUAA